AAACCCGGGUUCUGGGGUUACGGGGGAGCUGUCCAGCCCCACAGACCCAGCUGGAAGGAAGAGUAGGCCAAGGCGCGCCAGGCGGAGCGAGGCGCGGGCGCCAGGCGCGGGUGCGGCAGUGACUCCCCCUGCAGCCCGCCCCCCACGUGGCCGCCGCCGUCCCAGCCCCUCCGAGGAAGCGGCGCGGCUUCCUGCGGCUCGGGCCGGGGAAACAGGCUCCCCCGCCCGGGCUAGCUCAGCUCCAGCGCCCCUCCUCGCCUUCUCGCCCAAGGCGCGAUGGCCCGGUUCCUGGAGGAGCGCGCCCCGGGUGGAUCGCGGCUCGCUAGGAUCCUCGCCGGGUGGCCGGCAGCGCUCCGCCUCCCUCCGCUGUUGCUGCUUCUGCUGCUGAUUUUGCUGGGCGCUGCCUCAACUUCUCCGGAGUCCCUGAAUCAAUCUCUUCCCACUGAGGACAGCUUGCUGUCAAAAGAGAAUGUGGAGGAGAGCUACGAAGAGAAUGUCCUAGAUUGCUGGUCUCUUUAUAAUGGUCAUAUGAACUCUGUCAAAGAUUGGUGCAACUGGACUUUGAUUAGCAGGCAUUACAGUGACCUGCAGUAUUGCUUGGAGUACUUUGCGGAGCGGUUUGGCCUGGGUUUCCCAAACCCUUUGGCAGAAAGGUUCAUCUUGGAGACUCACGUGAUACACUUUGCCAACUGCUCCCUGAUGCAGCCCACCUUCUCCGAUCCGCCAGAGGAUGUGCUCUUAGCCAUGAUCAUCGCUCCCAUCUGCCUCAUCCCUUUCCUGGUCACUCUUGUGGUGUGGAGGAGUAAAGACAGCGAUGGCCAGGCCUAGGGGGCAGCUGGUCUUCGGCAGCCAUGUUUUCCCUUUCCUCUGCUGGAACCGGGGAUCUCUACUCCCCUCUCUUCCCGUUUCUCACCCUCACCUUUCCCACAGACCUUUGGAUUGGUGGAAAUGGAAGCCAAGUACAGUCACGGCACAAUUUCUGUAGUCUUUAAAAUUUAAAAAAAAAGUAUGUGUUUUUGUACAAUA